AUGCAAGUGGAAGGGAAAGGCAACUUAAGGUUGGAGAUUAAUGGUGUCAUUCAAGUGAUCACUGCAGUCUACUUCGUGACGGGGUUGAAGAAUAAUCUGUUAUCUGUGGGUCAGUUGCAGCAGAAAGGGUUGAGGAUCAUAAUCGAGGAAGAUACGUGUGAGAUUUGGCACAAGCAACAGCGCAGGCUGAUCAUGCACUCUGUAAUGACCACAAACAGGAUGUUUGUAGUAACUGCUAUCGUCAAGGAGCCUAAGGAAGCACUAGAAGCAAAUAGAGUUCAGAGUGUGGUGAAAACGUUGGAGGAAACUUGGCACAAACGCUUCGGACAUCUGAAUCACAACAGUUUGCUAACGUUAGCAGAUAAGGCAAUGGUGGAAGGUCUACCAAAGAUCAACAUCAAUGGGACAGUGUGUUAA